UUCGGUGAAUAAGUCAUGUAGUGAAACAUUUUGUAUUCAACGUGAUCAACACUUACCAUGAGUUGGGCGACUACUAACAUGGAAACCAUAAAAAGCAAUGAAAUUAGUGGGGAUAAAAUGAAAGAAGUUGUGUAUGUACCUGACGGGGAGAUCAAUGAGACAUUACAACUCAAACCUAAAGACGAACAGAAAAAAAACGAUACAUGGUUCUUAUAUCUUUCGGUGAUAACUGCAAAUUUUCUGAUGUUCGCUGAAGGCUGUUCAAUGGUUUGGACAUCUCCAGUAAUACCUCAAUUGAUUUCGAACGACUCGAAUAUCAACCCGCUAGGAGAACCAAUAACAACCAUAGAAAUAUCACUGUUAGGCGGAAUACCUUCACUCUUCACAAUAAUUGGCACUCUACUGUUUGGAAAACUACCAGACAUCAUCGGAAGAAAAAACACCUUACUCUGCGUAUCACUAGGGAUGUUCCUGUCCAACCUGGCUAUGUCCUUCGGUACAUAUAUCUACGUCUUCUUCGUUGGCAGAGCCAUCGUACAGUUAUGCUGUGGAUUGGUGCUAGCAGUUGUUCCAAUUUAUCUGAAUGAAGUUUGUGAAGACCAUAAUAGAGCGAAGCAUGGGUGUCUCAUGGUGUUCUUCAUCCCUUUCGGAAGCCUUUACGCCUACCUUGUGGGUUCUGCAACCAGCGUCAGAUGGUUCACUGCAUUGUGUGGACUGCCUUUACUACCCCAAAUGGUAAGUCUGGCUUUAUUAGUUCCUGAGUCACCAUUCUACACAGCUGCUAGAGGAGAUAAAGCAACCACCAUCAAGACAUUGAGGAAAUUGAGGAGGAACAAAAGCGACCAUGAAAUCGAACAGGAUUAUCUGAAAAUCAAAACAACUUUGAAUGCUCAAAGUAAAGCUGAAGCAGGUGGACUGAGAGAUAUUUUUGCAACCAAGGCUUUGAGAAAAGGUAUCUUCAUUGGCCUGGGAGUUUGCCUGUGUCCACACAUAUCAGGGGCACCUGUUGUCCUGGCUUUCUUAGCCCCCAUUUUCAACAACGCUGGUACGGAACUUUCUGGGAACUCAGUGGGAAUUCUAGCCGGAGUUAUCAAGCUUCUAUUUUUCUUCAUAACCGCUACUUUUGUGGGAAAGUUCGGUAGACGGCCUCUACUUCUCUUUUCUAGUUUUGGAGCAGCAGUACCUCUCACAUUCCUAGGCGUGUACUUUUAUCUUAACGAAAAUAAUGUCCCAAUCGUGGAUCAUAUCAGGUGGCUGCCGAUUCUUUGCAUAUCGCUUUUCAUCUGUGCUUACUCCUUGGGACUGGGUUCGAUACCAUUGACGAUUUUGAGCGAGCUAUUUCCUAACGAUCUCAGAUCCACUGCUACUAGUUUCGUUAUGACGAUUGUAAGUACUGUUAUCUGUUCAAUAAUUACUUGCUUCCCCCUCAUAUCGAAGUAUCUUGGUAUACAUUACUGUUUAGGUUUGUUCAGUGUCUGUUGUUUCUUAGACUUCGCUUUCAUUUACUUAUUUCUGCCAGAAACCAGAGGUAAAAGUCUUUUGGAGAUUCAAAAUCUGUUGAGUAAGUAAAGCAAAAUGAAGAACAACAUACAGGAUGAGUCAGCAAGAUUCACCUAAUUUUUUUUUGCAACCAUAUCAAUAAAAACUAUAUUUGAAAAUUAUUCUCUCGCAUUUUGGGUGAUUCACUGGGUGAUAGAAAUCAGCUCGGAUCAUGAUAAAAAAAAACCUCAAAAUGAACACCGGGGCGACAAAAUAUAAAAAAAAACAAAUAGAAAGUUGAAUUUCAUGGAAUGCCUGUUAUUGAAAUGAAAAUUUGAUAAACAACUGAUAUAAAGCUAUCUGAAGACGGUUCGCAUUUAAUUAUUUUGAUAAUAUUUCGUAUAUUUCAAUAAAUUCCAUAUUUUUGCAUAUAAUUGUCAGUCUCAAGAACUGAAUUUCAACGAUUACAAAAACCUUACAGAAAGUGGCUUAUUAUCAGUUCCUGUACGAUUAUAAUUCAAUUCUCUUAUCAUAAAUCCCACAAACUAUAAUUUGGAAAUGAGGAUAUUUCUCCUGUUUCACAUGUUUCAAAACUUUAGACCGUUUAGAUGUCAUUCAUUUUUGCAACUCUAUAUCUCAAUGAAUAUUCAUUCCAUGUAUAAUGAUCGGUAGGAAACUUUAGACUUCAUAAAUUGAUGCUCUCCAUUUUCAUCUGACUUUUUAUUUUUUGCCUCUUUUCAGCUCAUUACUAUACAGGGUGUCCCAUAUAAAACUCCGCGGGAAAAU